ACUUCCUGACAGUCGCUGGAGACAGUUGGGAUUUACAAGAUUCGUUGCAUGCAUAAAAUAACAUAGCGUGAACGAUAAGCUGAAGAAAUCACAUUAUAUGCGGAUGAAUCGGGAAAUUGUUUAUAAAAUAUAUUGAUAAAAAUCCCGUAAAAAACACGGAAGUUGACUUGAACUGACUUCCGUUUCAGAAGUAUUGCAAGUCUUCGUUCAAAGGUGUCCUCUGCAAUGAUGGAAGGUGCCUCGAAAAGUGAUGCCCCCCCACAGACGGCUGUUGCUGCACAAGUUCCAUUCAUCGACCUCUGCACAGUUCUGGAGAACAUCCAAAAGACCAAACUACGACCAGACAAAAGCAAAAUUCUAAAGGAUUUUAUCGAUUCUUGGAGGAAGUUCCAUGCAGCGCUUCACAAGGACAAUUCCAAUACCACAGAUUCAUUUUACGCAGCCAUACGUCUUAUUGUGCCUCAAUUUGAGCGAGAGCGAAUGGCUUAUGGUAUAAAAGAAAACAUGCUUGCCAAACUAUAUAUUGAAGUUUUAGGCCUACCUAAAAAUGGACCUGAAGCAAACAAACUCCUAAAUUAUAGAGCUCCAACCACAAGUCAGGGAGAAGCAGGUGACUUUGCCCUUAUGGCCUACUUCGUCCUGAAAAAAAGGUGUACAAGUCAGGGGAAUUUAAGCAUUAAAGAAGUCAAUGACUUUUUGGAUUCCGUAGCUAUCAACAAUGCCAGCAAACAGAAGGAUCAAGUGAAGAAAAGCCUUUUGCAUCUGAUAACCCAGAGUUCAGCUUUGGAACAGAAGUGGCUCAUUAGAAUGAUCCUCAAGGACAUGAAACUUGGCAUUAGCAAGGAGACAGUGCUUCAGGUCUUCCAUCCAGAUGCAGCCGAACUCUACAAUGUCACCACAGAUCUGAAUAAAGUCUGCCGACAACUUCAUGAUCCAUCUGUGUCCCUCAGUGAGGUCUCCAUCGAUCUGUUUUCUGCUUUUAAACCAAUGCUGGCUGCCGUUGCCAACAUCAGACAGAUAGAGAAACAAAUGAGCAACCGGACAUUCUAUAUUGAGACAAAGCUCGAUGGUGAACGCAUUCAGCUGCACAAAGCUGGAGAUGUUUACAAAUACUACACCAGGAACUCCUAUGAGUACACGCAACAGUUUGGGGCCUCUCCACUAGAGGGCUCCCUCACACCAUACAUUCACAACGUCUUCAAACCUCAUGUGGUAAACUGCAUAUUGGAUGGAGAGAUGAUGGCUUAUAACCCUACAACGGAGACCUUCAUGCAGAAGGGCAGUAAGUUUGAUAUUAAAAGGUUGAUGGAUGACUCUGAUUUGCAAACCUGCUUUUGUGUAUUUGAUGUCUUAUUAGUAAACAAUCAGAAGUUUGCAAAUGAACCUCUCAAGAAGCGCUACGAAAUUCUUGAGAAUAUCUUUACGCCAGUCAAAGGUCGUAUCCAGUUGGUCGCAAAAGCUGAAGGCAAAACCAUGCAAGAAGUGGUGAAUUCUCUCAAUGAGGCCAUUGACAAUCUGGAAGAGGGGAUUAUGGUUAAAGAUCCCAUGUCCAUCUACAAACCAGAUAAACGGGGCGAAGGAUGGGUGAAAAUUAAGCCUGAAUAUGUGGAUGGUCUGAUGGAUGAGCUUGAUCUGCUGAUAGUGGGAGGCUACUGGGGUAAAGGCAGGAGAAGCGGGAUGCUCUCUCAUUUUCUGUGUGCGGUAGCAGAUGUGCCGAGUCCAGGGGAGAAGCCCACGGUGUUCCACACCCUCUGCCGCAUUGGAUCAGGCUACACUAUGAAAGAACUGUACGAUCUUGGUCUGAAGUUGGCCAAACAUUGGAAAGUUUACAACAGGAAUAAUCCUCCGGCUGCCAUCUUGUGUGGAACAGAGAAACCGGAGGUUUACAUAGAACCACGCAACUCAGUGAUCAUACAAGUCAGAGCUGCAGAGAUCGUGUCCAGUGAAAUGUAUAAGACCAACUGCACAUUACGUUUCCCCAGAAUAGAAAGAAUCAGAGAAGACAAAGAGUGGUAUCAGUGCAUGACCUUGGCUGAACUGAGCCAGUUCCGCUCCAGAGCUUCUGGAAAGCUGGCGUCCAGACAUCUACAUAUCCAAGAGGACCAGCCUGAAAAGAAGAAGCACAAGUUCGUAGCCAAGCCCAAAAAAACAAUCGGAGUCAUUGACCACUUUAAAUCUCAGGAUUUAUCCACGGUCACCAAAGAGAUGGAUAUGUUUGAAGAUGUGGAGUUUUGCGUGAUAAAUGGCAAUGAUGAACAUUCCAAGGCAGAGCUUGAGAAAGUUGUGGCCCGCUGUGGAGGCAUCGUUGUGCAGAACCCUGGGAAAGACACAUACUGUGUGAUUGCAGCUGUGCAAAACAUGAGAGUAAAGAACCUCAUCUCCUCAGACCAACAUGAUGUGGUGUGGGCUACUUGGCUGCUGGAGUGUCUGGAAAAUAAGCAGGUUAUACCAUGGCAACCACGUCACAUGAUCCACAUGUCACCUUCCACCAGGGAACACUUCGCUAAAGAGUAUGAUCGGUACGGAGACAGUUAUUAUGUUGACACUGAUGAACAACAGCUGAGGGAAGUCUUUGAACGGAUUGGCCCCACAGAAUCUGAAUGUUUGUCUGUGGCACAGAUAGAAGCAGAGAACGGCUGGGAUGACAUGCCCACUAGCAUUUUUAGGCCCUACACUGCAUACUUUGACCGGUGUGCUGACUUCGGAGAUCCAAAAACCAUCAUACUGGGUACAAGUUUGGACACGCGUGCCUUAGAAUUCCGAUUCCAUGGUGGUACAGUUGUGGAGAAACUGAAGGAAGGAAUCACGCAUGUCGUAGUAGAAAGUGAAAGAAGAACUCUGGACUUGAAGACGUUGAGGCGACUUUAUGCUAAGAAGUUCAAAAUUGUUCGAGAGUCUUGGGUGACCGAUUCUAUCAAAGCAGGCCAUGUAGAGGAUGAGACUGGCUACUUAAUAUAAUCAUGAAGGCUAUGCUACACAAACUAUAACACUGGAAGAUUGUGGUGUUUUAAUACUAGCUGUAAUAAACUACACUGGAUAACAAUUAGUUGCAUUGAAGGUAACCAUUUAAAUAUAUAUAUAAAAUGAUGGGACUGGGAAGGAUUACAGUUUGAAUUAUAAGGAGAGUUUAAUUUACUGUGGAAAGUACAUCAUUACCUUUUAAAGUUUGUCAAAUGUCUCAUAUUUUUCUUUUUUUUUUUUUUUUUUUUUUUUUUAAAUAAAAAUGUAAAAAUUAGAUGAUGUACCUUAUUAACUCUUAUGGUUAAAAAUCUUAGCUUUUAUAUGUCACCCUAAUAAUUACAUUGCUGUUACUGUACUAUUAGUUACUUAAUAUGCAAAUGGUAUGCAAAAUAACGUGUAAUUAAAUUUUAUUCUUAAAGAAGCAUUAAGGAUUUUAAUUGAAGCUGUCAAAAGUGUUUUUCUUGUACAUUAAUGUGACUCAUUACAGUCAGACAAAUUGAGCUUCUGACAAGCUUGAAGUUCCAUUUGAACAGCUUGUCAAGCACACUGAAUUUAUUGCGUGAGAGCUGUAGCUUUCUAAUUGUUUGGAAUGGGAGUUACUGUAAUGCUUCCAGAGAUCUAAUUUCCAGGGCGCUAAUAGAAGGAUUGAGGCUUCAGACACAAACACAUUCAACUGUGUGUCUAGUUAUUGUAAGGAUAGAUAUGCAUUUGAGUAAUAUGGAUAUUACACUAGGUAAUUGGUGUGAGUUUGUGAAGGUGUGUGAGUGACAAAGCCAUCCCUCAUUGAAAACGAGAGCAUAAUGUGCUUGGACUGUACUAUCAAAAUCCACAUUUAGUGUGGGAAGGUACUUUGGUUUGGAAAUGUAUGCUGCAGAGCCAUGACAGAAAUGGUCUUGAGACAAUAGAGUGUAAUGUGUUUUAGGGAGAGGAAUUGUUUACUGUUCCACAGAUGAGUAAAACUUGUGUAACAUUGUUUUUUAUAUGUAUUUGGUCUUUCUUUCUGGAAAUCCUUGGUCUGUAUAGCCAUAGACAACAUCUUUUAAGUGAACCAGACCAUUAAAGUGUCAUCAGACUAUUGCCAGAG